AUGAGCAGAGUCCUCGGUCAUCGAGAGAAAAAGGCUGAAAUUGACACUCGUGCACUUUGGCCAAUUUCACUGAUUUUUCGAGGAAUUACUUUUGGGAGACUUGGCUUGCCUUCACUUUUAUUGUGGCUUUUCUUCUGCGCUUUGCCCCCGCAAACUUUGGGUGCAAGCCUGGCUGGGUCUAAAGCGGAUCACCCGGGUGUUUGCCCGAACAAGCUGAAUGCUAACCUGUGGGUUGAUGCACAGAGCACCUGCGAACGGGAAUGUCUUGUCGACCAGGACUGUGCAGGUUUUGAGAAGUGUUGCACCAACGUAUGUGGACUGCGCAGCUGUGUGGCUGCUCGCUUUUCUGAUGGCUCCACCGCACAGUCCGAGGGCCAGGGUGGGGCAGCGGGGGCAGUGGGGAGAGGCGGUCCUGCCAGCUGUCAUGGCUUUGUUUGUAGCCAGCAAGGGUCCACGUGUGACAUCUGGGAGGGACAACCGGUCUGCAAGUGCCAGGACCGCUGUGAGAAGGAGCCCAGCUUCACAUGCGCCUCUGACGGGAUGACCUACUUCAACCGCUGCUACAUGGAUGCCGAGGCCUGCAUCCGGGGAGUCACCUUGACCGUGGUCACCUGCCGUUACCACUUGGCCUGGCCGCACACCAGCCCCCUGCCCCUGGACACAACGGCACACCCCACUCCCACCUCAUCUCAGGAAGACCCACUUCCCCCUACGCUCUACAGCAACCCCAGCCACCAGUCUGUUUACCUGGGGGGCACAGUCAGCUUUCACUGUGAUGUCAUUGGAGUCCCAAAGCCGGACAUCACCUGGGAGAAGCAGACGGAGCGUCGUGAGAGCCUCAUCAUGAGGCCUGACCAAAUGUACGGCAACCUGGUCAUCACUAACAUCGGGCAGCUGGUGAUCUACAACGCGCAGGCCCGGGACACGGGCAUCUACACAUGCACCGCCCGCAACUCUGCUGGGAUCCUGCGUGCCGAUUACCCGCUGUCUGUCAUUCGCCGCUCUGAGGACGACCUCUCGGAGGACCCCGACAUGAGCGUGCCCAUGGGCCGGCCCUUCUCCCCUGCUGACUGCUUGGCGGAGGUGGACAAGCGGGAGUGUGGCGAGCGCCACGUGGACUGGUACUACGACAGCAAGCGAGGCACCUGCCUGGCAUUUACAAACGGGGGCUGCGAGGGCAGCAGGAACCGCUUCGAGACCUAUGAGGAAUGUCGCGCAUCGUGCCAGCGGGAAGGCAUGGGGAUCUGCUCUCUGCCAGCAGUGCAAGGGCCUUGCAAGGCCUGGGAGGCUCGUUGGGCGUACAACUCCCUUAUAAAGCAGUGCCAAGCCUUUGCCUAUGGGGGCUGUCAGGGCAACCCCAACAGCUUCCGCACUAGGGUGGAAUGCGAAGCCAACUGCCCGCAGCCGAAGAGCCGGCCCUGUAAGACGUGCAGGACCAAGGGAAAAAUCGUGCCGAACUUGUGCCGAAGCGACUUCGCCAUCGUGGGGCGGCUCACGGAGCUGAUUGAGGACCUGGACUCUGGAAUCGCUCGCUUCAGCCUUGAGGAAGUCUUGCGUGAUGAGAAGAUGGGUCUGUCCUUCUUCAACACCCGCCAUCUGGAGGUGACGCUGGCUAAGAUGGACUGGAGCUGUCCCUGUCCCAACAUUACCAUGGAAGACGGUCCCCUUUUAGUCAUGGGGGAGGUGCAAGAUGGCAUGGCCGUGAUCCAGCCUGACAGUUACGUGCGGCCCAUUACUGACAGGAGGUUGAAAAAAAUCCACGAGGUACUGGAGAAGAAGACUUGUGAACUGCUGCAGCGCUUCCAGGACUAG